AUAUGUUUAUGUGUACGUGUGCUUGUGUUGCCCAUCGCGCGCAGGUGAAAUACGGCGCGAAGUUCACUUCUCCAGCACGCAAACACACGGCCGUCAUUACGAGUCCUCGAGGGCUCUGUAAACACAGGAACAGCUCGUGCCCAAUGAGUUCAACAAAUCCAGCUGGUGUCAGCACAAACGAGGUCUGCGCUUGGGAAUCCCGCUCUCGCGAUACUUUGACGUCAGACGCCGAAUAGCGCUGCGCAGCUCCGCGUCACCGUGUAUAGGCUCUUCAGUGUUUCACUUUCACGUUUAUUCAAAACUUAAACAACUUGCAGUUGACACGAGAUGUUACGAAAUAAAAUUAUAAAUUUGACAGUGCGCGACGUGAGAUUCCCGACGUCCCUGGAACAACAUGGAUCUGAUGCCAUGCACACCGAUCCGGAUUACUCGGUCGCGUAUGUUGUGAUCGAGACCACGAACGCCGAACUGAAGGGUUACGGACUGACUUUUACUGUGGGGAAAGGAACGGAAAUCGUUGUAUGUGCAGUUAAAGCUUUAUCCUCCCUGGUGGUCGGGAGAACUUUGGAGGAGAUUGUCAGUAACUUCAGAGGUUUUUACAGACUGCUUUCCAGUGACGGUCAGAUGCGAUGGAUUGGACCAGAGAAAGGAGUCAUACAGCUUGCCACAGCUGCCAUUCUGAAUGCUGUCUGGGAUCUAUGGGCACGAGCAGAGGGCAAGCCCCUGUGGAAGCUCCUUGUGGAUAUGGAUCCUGCGCAGUUGAUCAGGUGUAUUGAUUUCAGAUACAUCACUGAUGCUCUGACUGAGCAGGAGGCUUUAGAUAUUCUUAUAAAAGCGAGAGAGGGAAAGCAGACGAGAGAGAAGCAGAUGUUAAGGGAAGGUUAUCCGGCUUACACCACUUCCUGUGCCUGGCUAGGUUACACCGACCAACAGCUCACUAAGCUCUGCUCUGACGCUCUCGCUCAAGGAUGGACGAAAUUUAAAGUGAAGGUCGGAGCCGACAUAGAGGACGACAUCCGCAGGUGCGGCCUCAUCCGCAAGAUGAUCGGCCCGAACAACAUCCUGAUGGUUGAUGCCAACCAACGAUGGGAUGUUGCCGAGGCGGUCUCAUGGGUAACCAGACUGGCGGAGUUCCGUCCGCUGUGGAUCGAGGAGCCCACAUGUCCCGAUGAUAUUCUCGGUCAUGCGUUCAUCUCUAAGGCACUCGCUCCGAUUGGUAUUGGAGUCGCCACAGGAGAGCAGUGUCACAACAGAGUGAUGUUCAAGCAGUUUCUCCAAGCGUCUGCGCUGCAGUUUGUGCAGAUCGACAGCUGUCGGGUGGGCAGCGUUAAUGAAAACCUCGCCAUCAUUCUCAUGGCUGCCAAGUUCAAUGUUCCAGUGUGUCCUCACGCUGGAGGUGUGGGGCUUUGUGAGCUUGUUCAGCAUCUCAUUUUAUUUGACUACAUCGCAGUGUCCGCAAGCUUACACAACAGGAUGUGCGAGUAUGUGGAUCACCUCCACGAACACUUCAGAAGCCCCACCAACAUCAGAAACGCCUGCUAUAUGCCACCAACUGAUCCUGGUUUCUCCUGUGAGAUGCUGGAAGAGUCGGUACAGAAGCAUCAGUUUCCUGAUGGAGAGGUUUGGACAAACAUUCUGAAGCACGACAAGUGAGAAAAAGAAACACAGACGUGAUGGUGAAGAUCAAUGACUGCACAUUAUUACAUCACUGUCUCGAAUACUUGAUUCUGAUACUUGAUUCUUCGUCAGUCAGGACUUUCCAAAGCGUGUUUUUUCCGUAAACAGCCACUAAAACUGACAACACACCGUCCAUCUUGACUGGUGAAGUUUAAUGCUAACAAGUUCAAUACGAAUAUACCUAAUUAAUGAGAUUUUAUUUACAAAUGAUUGAAAGCAAAUUGAAUGUCAGUCUUGUUUAAACUGUGAGUCUUGGUCUUAAAUGUUUUUUCUUUGGAGAAGGGGUUUACAUUUGUUGCAAAUCAGCUCAAUAAAACCUUUCAAAUCAA